AUGGCUGCUGCUCCUGCGCAAGAGAAGAAGCCUCACAUAUGUCCGCCAUCGACCGCCACCCACCCAUCAGACCGAUGGGAGACCAUGUUCGUCUACUCCUUUAUAUGCAAGUUCACCAAUCUCCGGGGGAAAGUGGAAGGGCUCGAGUCUCCAAUGGACCUGGAAGCUGCGUUAUUGUCUCCUGAGGCUAGUCCUAUACUAGUGGACAUCCUAGGGCGUUUCAUCCGCAAUCUGAGACCGCAAACGCGUAAUAUCGGGGUCGAUCAUAUAUCAUCCACAAUAAGCACCGUCAUGGCUGAAUACUUUAAAUCCUCAGAGCGCUCCGUGUUCUGGGAUGACGCCCUCAAGAUGAACGUGGACCCGUUUCAUAAUCUCCCCGGUGGUUUCUUCGCCGGCGAUUGGGAUUUCAAGCUCAAAAUAUUACGCCAACUCGUGGAAUUGCAGCUCUGUCACAGUCCGGAGAUUAAGGCCACUAUUGACCACGCCUGGGGCGUGGUUCACAACAAGCACAAGAAGAAGGAUUCUGCCGCUGCGAAUGGGGACCCCGAUUACAAGACUCAAGAUGGCAUACAACUGAUUCCUAUCGGCCAGGAUAUGCAUCGCAAACGUUUCUGGGUCAUAGAUGAUUCGCCUCGACUCUAUGUCUCAACGAAUCCUUGGAAGAUGUCAGCCACAUUCCAGGCUGUAUCGUCAUCCAAAGAGGAAUACCUUGCGAUACUCGAGAGCCUGAAAGAAAUUGCACCAAAGGAACUCAAGAAAGGCGAAAGACGGUCUAAGCUAGAGCAAAACCAUAUCGCCCUCGUUGCCGCCCUCGAGGCUCGUAUACCAGCAAUUGACACCGAGCUCGCUAGGGUUUCAAGAGUCAGAAAGCGGAUUGAAAACAAGAGGAACUUCACUAUGCUUUCUGAACUGCGGGAAACGCGAACUAGACGGCAGACGAGACGGCCAGACUACGUUUACAGCAACGACGUGGUCAGUGACGAUGAUGCUGAUGAAUACGUCGACCGAGGCGACGAAAACUACGACGAAGAGUUCGAGGCGGACGAUUUCUUGAACUUUCGGUCCGACACACCUAACGGCCAAGGCUCUCGUCACUCUGCCCGCUCGACAGCGACACGGCGUUCGACGAGAACUGCCGCCAAAAAUGUCAAUGGCAAACGUGAAGCAGAACCAGAUGCUUGGGAAUGGCGCGGUGAAAGGCGAUCUACCAGGCGGCUUGCGCAUGCCAGCACGUCUUCCGAUCCAGAGCCACCAUAUAAGCGUGCGAAAACGGAAGACAGUGUGGUCAGCACGAAUUCUGUCGGCGGUAUUUCGUCAGCAUCCAUGGCCUCCGCGAACGACGCCAAUGGUAUCAAGGUGAAGAAAAAUGGCGCGGCAGCGGUCAAGCCCACGGAAGUUGCGUUAGAGCAAGUCGCUGGGCGGAAGAGGAGCAAAUUCUGGUAUUACGCCGUGGAGCCCAUACCCAACGCGCCGACGACGAAUGAUCCUGGUGGGGUAGAUGGAGCAGCGAACGGUGUGGAUACGGCUCAACCCCUCGCGAAUGGGGUCAAUGGAGACACGCAUGUCUCUUCGCCUCCGCCGCCGACUCGUGUUGAAGAGAACAAGGCCAUAAGUAUGGAAGUUUGCGCUUCGACGGCACCUGUAGUAGGCUCAUGA